CCCAGAAAUUUCCUACAAUAAGUUGUGAGUUUUGUUGCUCAAAUGUCUUUUUUCGGUGGACCUAUGUUCGGAAGAGCCUGCGUGUACUACUAGAAACAGUUUCGCGACACGAAAAUGGUCAUAGUUACUUUUGGAGAAAACAAUUCUAGGCGCACUUACGAGCACCCCCCUUACGAACACUACAGGUGAAAUACCCGAUACCCUUUGAGAGAACAAUGAAAGAAACAACAGAAACAAUGCACCUAGCCCUAAAACAAUAACAGCUAUACAAUAUGACGACAAAUAGAAUUCACUUUCGAAUUACUCGUACCGAGUCAUCUUUCAAAAUCAAGUUUGGUUCGGCGCCAUUUUUUGCCCGUUCAUCUUUCACGGGGACGACAAUGUACAGCGGUAUCUCGUGAGAUGACACAUGCCACAUGCAAACAUUCAAUAUUCGUGUUAUUUGCUUUACCAUUCAUCAAUAUGGUUCGGUCGCUCGCGCUUUUAUUGACUCUAACAGGAGUUUACAUAAUCACUAAACGCUGAAAUCACGGACGCGUUCGGGAAUAAUUGUGCGUCGGCCCACAUCAUGCAGACAACACGGCAGAGAUUGAAGUUUCUUUUUCUUUUCCUUAUCGCCUUCAUGUUAGUCAUAGUAGCUACUUUUUCAUAUUUUGGGUCACACUAUUCAAGUAUCAAAUCUUCAGAAUCUUCCAUAAUCAGGGGAGUUACAGAUGUCGAGGAAAGGCAUUAUUAUAAUAUCCACAGCUGGCAAGAUCUUGUUCCAGUAACAUCAACAAGGAAAGUGAAGAGGAUUAUUUACAAUCGAGUAGGGAAGUGUGGAAGUCGCACUAUGAUACAGCUCAUAUCAUCACUCGCAAGAAAAAGAGACUUCACCGUUAUUGGAUCAACGAGAUAUAAACUCCUGCAUCUUGACCUUCGGGAUCAGGUAGAAUUUGUGGACUUUAUAGAUAACCUUCGGGCACCGUUCAUUUAUCAUCACCACGUACACUUUGUCGACUUUAAGAGAUUUGGCGCUGUUCAGCCCAUUUAUAUUAACCUCAUACGGGAUCCACUCGCCCGCCUUGUUUCUGCAUACUACUACCGAAGAUUUGGAGACUACAGGGAGGGACACAGAACAUGGGGGUUUAAAGGCACAGAGAAACAGAAAAAUCAGUCAUUUGACGAGUGUGUUCUCAAUGACGUAAGCGAAUGUGUGGACCCUGGAAAAAUUUUCUACAUUGUUCCAUUCUUUUGUGGACAUGAAGCCUUUUGCAGGCAACCUUCACAACUGGCUUUGAAACAAGCUAAGAUUAACGUGAUGUUAAAUUACUUGGUGGUCGGAGUCACUGAGGAGUUGCAAGAUUUCCUUUCCGUCCUUGAGAAACUUUUACCGGAUUUUUUCACAGGUGUAUUGGAACUAUACAAAGCACCAGGCGAUGUGCUUCAGAAAGGAAUGACAACUACCAAGACAGCGAAUAAAAAAGGACCCUCUCCGAAAGUAGCAGCGAUCGUGAAAAAACAUCUUGAAAUCGAGUACGACUUUUACAAUUUUGUGAAAGAUAGGUUUCAUAGACUAAAGGCUGAACUAGGUUUACGAACUGCAGCUUAGAAUUAGUAGCACAGUUGUAAAAAGACAUAUUUAUGAUAAUAUCUGGAAAGUAAGGCGUUACCUAUAAUAUAUUAUUAUAUUAAAACAUAAAUUUGAUAAAGUAUCAUUCAUGUAGACCCUAGUUCAGUCCCGCGAAUUGUUCUCAGCUGGAAGUAGACGAGCGGAGAAGAGGCGUCAAAGGGACUGGGGUAAAUAACGUUACCGCAGGAGCUGGUUACCGUUAAAACCAAAUUAAUCAAAUAAUAAAAGAAUCAACUAAAUAUAAUUAACAGAAAUUAUUUAUGCAUCAGUUAUAUUUUAUAUACAGUUUGCUCCCAAGAAACCAGACAAAAUUAAUUUCUCGCUCCAGCCAAGGUACUAUUGAAAUUAAUUUUAGAUGCUGGUGCUGAUUCCCAUUUGAGCUCAUAUUUUGAUUCUGUUUAGUGAUGUCAUCGCGCUGUCCAUAUUAAAAAUGUAAAAUAAUAUUAGCCGAA